CAUAAAAUGGCGUCCCCGUCAACACCGAGUACACCAUGUACACCUGGUAGCAGUAACAAAACUUAUGGCGAAAAGCCGAAAUCUUUCAGAAUUGAAGAAGAUGGGGAAUCCUAUUACAUUGGCUCUGAGGUGGGGAAUUACCUUCGGAUGUUUCGAGGGUCAUUGUAUAAGAGGUAUCCUUCUAUGUGGAGGCGUUUGAUUACAAUUGAAGAAAGAAAAAGACUUGCAAAUAUGGGUUUUGGACACCAUUCUCUUGCAACCAAUAUAACUCUACUAAAAGCCAGUGAAGUUGAUGAAAUCAUUAAUGGGUUUGAUGAGAAAUACAAAGCUGUUUCUCUUACUUCAGAAGCUUCAUUUUUGACACAAACUGCCAAGAGCAAACGAGGCAACAACUGGGUUCCCACAAUUCCUAGCAGUUCACAUCACUUGGAUGCAGUUCCCUGCUCAACACACAUAAAUAGAAAUCGUUUGGCCAAGACAAAAAUCAGAACUUUUCCAUUAUGCUUUGAUGAUACAGACCCUGCAGUUGUUCAUGAAAAUGCAAACCAGAAAGAAGAUUUGGUCCCCAUAAGAUUGGAUAUGGAAAUUGAAGGGCAGAAACUUAGAGAUUGUUUUACUUGGAAUAAAAAUGAAACACUGAUUACCCCAGAACAAUUUGCAGAGAUUUUGUGCGAUGACCUUGAUUUGAAUCCCAUCAAUUUUAUUCCUGCCAUUGCUGGUGCUGUGAGACAACAAAUAGACAACACCACUGUGGCUGAAGGGGCGGAGGAGCAGAGUGAUCAAAGAGUUAUUAUCAAGCUCAAUAUACAUGUCGGAAAUAUUUCACUUGUGGACCAGUUUGAAUGGGAUAUGUCAGAACCUCAGAAUAGUCCUGAAGAAUUUGCUACUAAAUUAUGCGCAGAAUUAGGUCUUGGUGGCGAGUUUGUCACUGCUAUAGCCUACAGUAUAAGAGGGCAACUGAGCUGGCACCAACGCACUUAUGCAUUUAGUGAGGCCCCAUUGCCGGUUGUGGAAGUGGCUUUUAGAAAUCAAAAUGAAGCUGAUCAGUGGUGUCCGUUCUUAGAAACUUUAACAGAUGCAGAGAUGGAAAAGAAAAUUCGAGACCAAGAUAGAAACACAAGGCGGAUGAGACGUCUUGCAAAUACAGCACCAACAUGGUGAUUCAAUGAUCCGUCCAGUUCCAAGAUAUUUGUAAAAAAUUUUAGGGGGGGGGGGGGGAAAAUUCAAUACAUUUCAGAGGCUUCUAUGAUUAAUGUUGCAACAUUUGCAAUGAUUUAAAAUGGUUUGUUUUUGGGUGUAUUCUGAAAAUAAUCUUAGAUGUUUGUCAUGUAUAUUUAUCAUUACUUCUUGUAAAUAUCUUAUGUCGUUGCUGUAAUCAUAUAGUGUCAAUAAAAAAUGUGAGAUUU